AUAAUUUUAAGUUUAAAUCAGAGAUAAAAUGCCAGCCGGAAAAGGAGGCAAAGGAGGUAAAGGUGGUAAAGUAGGCCAGGGAAAAUCUAAGAAGGUCCCAAAGAGUAGAUCUGUGAGAGCAGGAUUGCAGUUCCCAGUUGGAAGAAUCCACAGAAUGCUCAAAAAGAGAGUCAGUGCUACCCAGAGAGUAGGAGCUACUGCUGCAGUUUACUCAUCAGCUAUCUUGGAGUAUCUUACUGCUGAAGUAUUGGAACUCGCUGGAAAUGCUUCUAAAGACUUGAAGGUAAAGAGAAUUACUCCAAGACAUCUCCAAUUGGCCAUCAGAGGAGAUGAAGAGCUUGACUCACUCAUCAAGGCUACUAUUGCUGGUGGUGGUGUGAUCCCACAUAUCCACAAGUCCUUGUUGACUAAGAGUGGAAAGAAAUUCGAUAAUUUCCAAAAGAGACUCUUCUAA